ACAGAUUCGCCAUUUUCUUUGUCGCUCUGUCGCACUGUGGGUAUUUUAGAUUCUGUGAUCAAAAACUUGUGAAUAAGCAUUGAAAAUGGAGAUGUCUUUAAAUCCCGUGCGCGUACUCAAAAAUGAGGCGCAGGAGGAGAAAGCCGAAAUGGCGCGUCUGUCGUCAUUUAUUGGUGCGAUUGCCAUUGGAGAUCUUGUGAAGAGUACUUUGGGACCCAAGGGUAUGGACAAAAUCUUGGUGGCCACCGGACGCAAUGCCGGCCAAGUGGAAGUGACCAAUGAUGGUGCCACAAUUUUGCGUGCUGUUGGCGUCGAUAAUCCGGCUGCCAAAAUUCUGGUCGAUAUGUCGCGUGUGCAGGAUGAAGAGGUUGGCGAUGGCACCACAUCUGUCACCGUGCUGGCAUCCGAAUUGUUACGCGAAGCCGAAAAACUGGUAGAACAGAAACUGCAUCCACAGAUCAUUGUAGCCGGCUGGCGUGUGGCUGCCCAAGCGGCAUUGAAUGCACUGACAGACGCUGCUCAGGAUAAUUCGUCAAAUAAUGAGAAAUUCAAGAACGAUUUGCUUAAUAUUUCACGCACCACAUUGUCCUCAAAGAUCUUGCAUCAACAUAAGGAUUUCUUUGCAAAUCUGGCCGUCGAUGCUGUGCUACGUCUGAAGGGAUCCGGUGAACUGAAAUCCAUACAGAUUAUCAAAAAGUCUGGUGGUACACUAGGUGAUUCGUUCCUCGAUGAUGGCUUUCUGCUGGACAAGAAGCCCGGCGUUCAUCAGCCUCAGCGCAUUGAAAAUGCAAAGAUUCUCAUUGCGAACACACCGAUGGACACUGACAAAAUCAAAGUAUUUGGUAGCAGCAUCAAAGUUGACUCGUUGGCCAAGAUCGCCGACCUGGAGAUGGCUGAAAAGGAGAAGAUGAAAGAGAAAGUAGACAAGAUAUUGAGUCACAAAUGCAAUGUAUUCAUCAAUCGCCAGCUGAUCUACAAUUAUCCCGAGCAGUUGUUCGCCGAUGCCCAAGUAAUGGCCAUCGAGCAUGCCGAUUUCGAUGGCAUUGAGCGUUUGGCUUACUGCACCGGUGGCGAAAUUGUGUCAACCUUUGAAAAUCCCGCUAUGGUCAAGCUUGGCGAGUGCAAUCUCAUUGAGCAAGUGAUGAUUGGCGAGGACACACUGUUGCGCUUCAGCGGUGUCAAGAUGGGAGAAGCCUGUUCCAUUGUCAUUCGUGGCGCCACCCAACAGAUCCUGGACGAGGCUGAUCGCUCACUGCAUGAUGCACUCUGCGUGCUGGCAGCCACCGUCAAGGAGUCGCGCAUUAUUUAUGGCGGAGGCUGCUCCGAGGCCCUAAUGGCCAAUGCCGUCUUCAAGAAGGCAUCCGAGACACCCGGCAAGGAAGCUAUUGCCAUUGAAGCAUUUGCACGUGCUCUGCUAUCGCUGCCCACAGCUAUUGCAGACAAUGCUGGCUUUGAUUCGGCUCAACUGAUCUCCGAGCUACGCGCUAGCCAUGCCCAGGGCAAACACCAUCUCGGUCUGGAUAUGGAGCAGGGCAAGGUGGCUGAUGUGCGCGAACUGGGCAUCACUGAGUCCUUUGCCGUGAAGCGUCAGGUUCUAAUGUCUGCCGCCGAGGCUGCUGAAAUGAUUCUGCGUGUCGACGACAUCAUCAAGUGUGCGCCACGUCGUCGCGUUCCCGAUAGGGGCUAUUGCUAAACAUUGAUUCUUAUUAAGUAACUUUGUCUAGGAUUUUUUUUAAAAGCCUUAACUCUCUUUUUAACAUCAUCGCUAACUUUAUGUUUCUGUUUAAACUUAUAACUCACACAUAAACGCUUACACACGCGCUCUAGUAUUGGUCACAUCCAGCACAAUUGAGUUUCUCCAAAUUGCUUGUGAACAUUUCAAAUCAGUUUCUGUUACACGAAUUACUGUUGCGUCAGCCCAGCUUAUAAUAUUACAGAGAGCGGGAGGACCGAACAAAAACAACUAAAUAACAAAAAAUAAAGCACAAAUUUCAAAAAUGUCUGAAAUCAACACUCAAGCAAAUUGUAAAUGAAUACAAUUAUUGUAAACCUUUAAUAUGCGCAGCAUUGAGUGAAACCAACAGCAAAAUGAAAUAAAUAAAAAAUAAAAAUUGAAUAAAAUAAUGAUAUUUACACUUAACAAAACUAAAAUUCUUGUGUUCAUUAUUUUGAUAUUCAUAAUACUCUUGGCAAUUUGUCCAUAUAUCUUCUCUUAUGCAAUAAAUCUUAGUAAAAGUAAAAAGAAUGUAAA